GAGACCGCUGCUGUAUGUGAAGCCCAUUAUCCGUGUCAGGUGGUAGAAGUGAAGAUUAGCUUCGUGAUUAUGAAUUGAGUUGGAGACUUGGAGUGAUCGCUUUUCUUUUUUGGCCGCAGAAGAUUGCGGGAGAAGCAGAUGCUUAAAGGAAAGAUUUUUCAGUUUUUUGGGGGAUUCCAGUUGAGUGAGCCACCUCUUUCCCUGCUGAAUCGGACCAGAAUGGGGCGAGUUUCGGAAAGAUGGCUGCUUUUGAGUUUUGACUAGAGAUGAGGAGUGGUUUCUAUGAUGUCGUCAACUGGCGCAAUGGAUGCCGACGGGUUCGGUCGGAGCACUCUGGAGGUGAUGCUGGAUGCUAUCAGACAGAGGGAUGAGCAGCCUAGGGAUUUGCCGCCAGCUUUGCCCGUUCGGCCAACCUCGAGGGGUCGCCUGCCCACUUCAAGGAGGCCCAUGUCUGUAAAGCCUAAUAACGAUGACGGCGGUCCAAGAAGUUGAGGAGAAGGAAGAGGAGCGUACAGUUAGGAAUGAUAAGGAUGUGGUGCUUAAAAGUGGAAUUUUUGGCAGCAAGAGGAUAACGAGGUCAGAGAGGAUGGAUGGAUCUCCCUGUUUGGGAGUUCCAGAACUUACAACUGAUGAGAAAAGGGUGCAGGUUUCCAAUGUUUCAGCACUUAUGGCGGGUAAAAUGUUGGAUUAUGGCGAUACCAACGCAAUAGAGGACACAAACAAUGGGCAAAAUCAGAUUUGCCAUGCUUUGGCUGAACUUCAAAGUCAGUUGCUGAAAACCGAAGCAGCACUGAGGGAGAAAGAAGAAGAAAAUGCUAUGUUGAAACGUCACCUUCAGGAGUAUGAUAUGUGGUGGUCAAACUAUGAAUCAAAAAUGAAAUCUAUGAAGGAGACAUGGCAGAGACAAUUGAAUUCUUUGCAGAGGAACCCUGCGGAUGAAAGAAAAUCCCAUGGCUUGGAAGAAAUAUUAAAACGAAAUGGAAGGCUGGAGACUUCUAAAGUUAACCAUUAUUAUGACUCUGAAGCUUCAUCCGAGGUUCAAUCACUGAAGGGCAUGCUAUCAAAACUCCGGAAGAAUUCUAAUUCUGUGCCAGUGAGAAAUCAAGAUACUACUUACAGUUCUGUUGUUCAACUCAUCGAGGAGUUUGAUCAGCAACAGGAGAUAUUUGAUGAUCAUACUAUUUUAGUCGUUGGAGCAAAAUCAGGGAAAGUUGGAGCCAACAUAAACCAUUUUCAAGAGCUUCAAGAUCUGAAGACUCGUUUUUCUUUGUGGAAGAAGGAUUACAAGAUGAGAGUCAUGAGACUAAAGGCAGGCUAAGAUGGAGUUACUAAAGCUCGGCGACGCUGAAGAGAAAGCGCACUGGAAACAUUGGUGGUGCACUGCUAGAAUAAAAUAGAAUAAAAUGAUGCAGUUAACUGAAUCAAAUUGUUUUUUUUCCUCAUAUCGCAAUUUCAAAUACGCCAUCCCAUUGUUAUAUGGUGUCCGAACCACAAAGAAGCAAGCAUCCAGCAGAUGAUUCAAAUUUGCUUGUAUAUUCCUCAUGUUCUGGUCAUGAAUCAAGCAGAGAUUGCCACUUUUAAUUGAAUUUGGGAAGUUCAUAGG